AUGGCGCCAUCUCAAACCCAGGACGAGAACUCUACCGCUUCCAAGAGCUCCGACCUCUUGAACCACUCCAAAGAAGAAUCGGUUCUUACAGACAAGGACCGCAAGGCACUUGUAUUUACCGACAAGCACAGCUCCCCAGAUGUCUACGUUAGCUACAACAACGAUACUCUAUGGUACCCUUGGGUAACUACGUUGGAGGUUAAGCCCCUGCGGUUUGAGACUCGGUCAGGCAGCUUCGUGAUUGCCCUGCGUACCCCAGUGGAUGCAUGGCUUGGAAAGCACAGACAUCGAGGCACUGUCACAGCUGUUACACUAGCGGGUAAUUGGGGAUAUAAAGAAUACGACUGGACAGCUGGUCCUGGUGACUACGUGGUUGAGAACCCGGGCACGAUCCAUACACUGUUCAUGGGAGCUGGGUCCGAGGUUGUGUUUACUAUCACGGGCAGUCUUGAGUUCUUCCAUGAUGAUGAUAGUUUGAAGGAGACGAUGGACAUCUUCAGUUUUGCGCAGUUGUAUUAUGACCACUGCGAGAAACUGGGCGUGGAACCUAAUGCGGGCUUGUGGUAUUGA